AUGUUAAGGGGAAUUGCUGUUGAGCUGCCGCCCGACGCGGCGGCUCUGCAGCGAAAAGAUCGGAAGAAAAUAAAAAAGAAAAAAACAAAAAAGCAAAAGUCCAAAAAGAAGAAUAAAAAGCGCAGCAGCAGCAGCAGCAGCAGCAGCAGCAGCAGCAGCGAUGAAGCGGUGAUUGUGUCGCCCCCCAGAGCAGCAAUCCCCAGUGACGCCGCUGCUUCCCCAGCAGCAGCAGCAGCAGCAGCAGCAAAACCAUCAGCAGCAGCAGCAGCAGCAAGCCCAGUUGGGGACCUUGAACUGCUGCAGCGCCUCCUGAACAAACCGUUUGCUGCUGCAGCUGCUCCCCCCGCAGCAGCAGCAGCAGCAGCAGGAGCAGCAGCGCCGGAAGCGGAAACGCUGCAGCAAGGCCGCGAGGCCCUGCGGGCAUUUAUAUCUAAAGAGGGCCCCCGGGGGGCCCCUGGGGGCCCCGAAGAAGCAGCAGCAGCAGCAGCAGCUGCAGCAGCAGCAGCAGCAGAGGAGGAGAGUGUUGCUGCUCAGCGCGAGCUAAACCCUUACUACAAGGAUGGAGGGUCGGGGCUGCCGCCUGAAGAAGUGUCUCCGCGCGCUGCAGCAGACCCUGCGCUUGCUGCUGCUGCAGCAUCCCCGGGGGCGCAGCUGUGGCAGCAGCGGCAGCUGCUGCGGCUGCAGCAGCAAGCAGCAAAAGAACAAAUCCCUCUUGCUGCUGCUCUAAGGAGACACUUUGGGGACUUGACGGAAGAAGCCCUUGAGGGUUUCCAGAGGCAGCGGCUUCGGGAGCGGGAAGAAGCCAGCGGGGAUCGUCUCAGAAGUCAACUCCACGGGGAUCGGGAUCGUCUUGGGGAUCGGGAUCGUCUUGGGGAUCGGGAUCGAGUUGGGGAUCGGGAUCGAGUUGAGGAUCGGGAUGGUGUGGGGGAUCGGGAUCGUGUGGGGGAUCGGGAUCGUGUGGGGGAUCGUCUGGGGAAUGGGGAUCGACCUGGGGAUCGUGUGUGGGAUCGGGAUCGUGUGUGGGGUCGGGAUCGUGUGGGGGAUCGGUUUGGGGAUCGGGAUCGACUUGGGGAUCGAGUUGGGGAUCGGGAUCGCCUGGGGGAUCGGGAUCGGGAUCGAGGGAGCGGGGCGGUCAGUGAGGGGCGGUGGCAGCAGCAAAAGAAGCAAACAGAAACUGUCCCAGAGUCUUCUCUCAGCAGACUCGAGCGAAGGCUGCUGCAGCUCCGCAAAGAAAGCAGCAGCAGCAGCAGCAGCAGCAGCAGCAGCAGCAGCAGCUGCAGCAGCGACAGCAAGAGCAACGACAAAGGGCAGGCCACCGUUGCAGGCGCCCCAGGUAGCAGCAGCAGCAGCGGCAGCAGCAGUAGCAGCGGCAGCAGCAGCAGCAGCGACAGCAGCAGCAGCAGCAGCAGCAGCAGCAGCAGCAGCAGCAGCGACAGCAGCAGCAGCAGCAGCAGCAGCAGCGACAGCAGCAGCAGCAGCAGCAGCAGCAGCAGCGACUUGAAUCUGUUGGCAGCCAAGGCUCUGAAGGCACGCAUGAAAGGAGACAUUAAAACUGCGCAGCAUCUCGAGGGCCUUGUGGCGCUGCAGGGGCUGGGGGGUCAGGGCGUUGCUGCUGCUGCUGCUGCUGCUGCUGCUCCCCCGGAGGUUGCUGCUGCUGCUGCUGCUGCAGCAGCUGCUGCUGCCUUCAGGCCACAAAGAAGCAACACGGAGGCGCAGCCGGAGCUGCAGCAGCAACGAGGAGUCAAGAGAAAGCAAGAGGCUGGGCAAUUCACGGAGUCAGUUGUUGCUGCUGCUGCUGCUGUUGCUGCUGCUGCUGCUGCUGCUGCUGCUGCUGCUGCUGCUGCUGCUGGUGGUCUUGCAAGCUUUUCUGUGCUGCUGCUGCGUCAAGCUCGCUGCUGCUGUCUCUUUAAAACGCCUUUCGUCACUGUCUUGACUGUUACAACUCUUGCUGCUGCUGCUGCUGCUGCUGCUGCUGCUGCUGCUGCUGCUGCUGUUGCUGCAGCCGCAUGUGGGGCGACAGCAGCAUGA